UCACACGUAACCAAGCAAAGAUGGCAGACAGCAUCCCUUUGAAUCCUGUGCGGAAGAAUUCGAGAAAAACUGCGUAUUAUAAUGCUGGCAGACCUGCCAGGUAUCAGAUUGAAGACGAAUCCUCAAACCUUGAUGAGAUGCCAUUGAUGAUGUCAGAGGAAGCCUUCGAAAACGACGAAAGUGACUAUCAGACGCUGCCCAGAGCCAGAGUGAGUCAGAGACGCAGAGGACUGGGCUGGUUCCUCUGUGGUGGAUGGAAGGUCCUGUGCACCAGCUGUUGCGAAUGUCUGGUUCACACAUGUCGCAGGAAGAAGGAGCUGAAAACUCGGACAGUGUGGCUGGGACAUCCCGAGAAAUGUGAAGAGAAGUACCCCAAAAAUGCCAUCAAGAAUCAGAAAUACAACAUUGUCACUUUUGUGCCAGGGGUUCUUUACCAGCAGUUUAAGUUCUUCCUCAACUUGUAUUUUUUUUUGGUGGUUGCUUGUUCUCAGUUUGUUCCGUCGUUAAAGAUAGGAUAUUUGUACACCUACUGGGCCCCGCUGGGCUUUGUGUUGGCUGUCACCAUGGUGAGAGAGGCAGUUGACGAGGUUCGGCGCUGCAGGAGAGAUAAAGAGAUGAAUUCCCAGCUGUACAGUAAACUCACAGUGAGAGGAAAGGUCCAAGUAAAGAGCUCAGACAUCCAGGUUGGAGAUUUAAUCAUUGUAGAAAAGAAUCAGAGAAUUCCUGCUGAUAUGAUUUUUCUGAGAACCUCAGAAAAGACUGGUUCGUGUUUUAUUAGAACAGACCAGCUGGAUGGAGAAACAGACUGGAAGCUGCGAAUCGCUGUUGCUUGCACUCAAAGACUACCUGCCUUAGGGGAUCUCUUCUCUGUCAGCGCGUAUGUUUACGCCCAGAAGCCUCAACUGGACAUUCACAGUUUUGAGGGCAACUUCACAAGGGAGGACUGUGACCCUCCCAUCCACGAGAGCUUGAGUAUUGAGAACACCCUGUGGGCCAGCACUGUGGUGGCAUCUGGUACUGUCAUAGGUGUGGUCAUAUAUACGGGAAAAGAAAUGAGAAGCGUGCUGAACACAUCGCAGUCCAAAAACAAGGUGGGACUGUUGGACCUGGAGUUGAACCGCCUAACAAAAGCACUGUUCCUUGCUCAGGUGGUUCUGUCUGUUGUUAUGGUGGCUUUGCAGGGAUUUCUUGGACCCUGGUUCCGAAACCUGUUCCGUUUCGUGGUUUUAUUUUCAUACAUCAUCCCCAUCAGUCUAAGAGUGAACCUGGACAUGGGGAAGUCGGCGUAUGGCUGGAUGAUUAUGAAAGAUGAGAAUAUUCCAGGUACCGUGGUUCGGACAAGCACCAUCCCAGAAGAACUUGGCCGUUUGGUCUACCUGCUUACAGACAAAACAGGCACUCUGACCCAGAACGAGAUGGUCUUCAAGCGCCUCCAUCUCGGCACCGUGUCGUACGGAACGGACACUAUGGAUGAGAUCCAGAGUCACAUCAUCCAAUCCUACGCUCAGGUGAGCUCGGCGCAGUCUAAUGGCAAUAGUGCGAGUUCAACACCCUCUCGUAAACCACAGCCGCCCGCACCGAAGGUCCGCAAGAGCGUGAGUAGCCGGAUCCACGAGGCCGUGAAAGCCAUCGCCCUGUGCCACAACGUUACACCGGUGUACGAGUCUCGUGUUAACGGUGCCAGCACGGAGCCAGAGAACACAGAGGCCGACCAGGAUUUCAGCGACAACAACCGCACGUACCAGGCCUCCAGUCCUGAUGAGGUGGCUCUGGUGCGCUGGACUGAGAGUGUGGGUUUGACUCUGGUGAACAGAGACCUUACGUCCCUCCAGCUGAAGACCCCAGCCGGACACAUCUUGACCUAUUACAUCCUCCAGAUCUUCCCCUUCACCUCCGAGAGCAAGCGCAUGGGCAUUAUUGUCAGGGAAGAGGCUACCGGCGACAUCACGUUUUACAUGAAAGGGGCUGAUGUUGCUAUGGCGAGCAUUGUACAGUACAAUGAUUGGCUGGAGGAGGAGUGCGGGAACAUGGCCAGAGAAGGCCUGCGGACACUGGUGGUGGCUAAGAAAUCCCUGACUGAGGAGCAAUACCAGGACUUUGAGAGUCGUUAUAAUCAGGCGAAGUUGAGCAUCCAUGAUCGCACUCUGAAGGUGGCGGCAGUGGUUGAGAGUCUGGAGAGAGAGAUGGAGCUUCUGUGUCUCACUGGAGUGGAAGAUCAGCUGCAGGCUGAUGUCCGGCCCACACUGGAGCUCCUCCGAAAUGCUGGGAUCAAGAUCUGGAUGUUGACCGGAGACAAGCUGGAAACUGCUACGUGCAUUGCCAAAAGUUCCCACUUAGUUUCUAGAAAUCAAGACAUCCAUGUUUUCAAACCGGUGUCCAACAGGAGCGAGGCUCAUCUGGAGCUGAACGCCUUCAGGAGGAAACACGACUGUGCGCUGGUCAUAUCAGGAGACUCUCUGGAGGUCUGUCUGCGCUACUACGAGCAUGAAUUUGUGGAGCUGGCAUGUCAGUGUCCCGCUGUGGUUUGCUGUCGCUGCUCUCCCACGCAGAAAGCUCAGAUCGUUCGAUUAUUACAGCAGCAUACAGCCAACAGAACAUGUGCCAUAGGCGAUGGAGGAAAUGAUGUCAGCAUGAUCCAAGCAGCAGACUGCGGUAUCGGUAUUGAAGGGAAGGAGGGAAAGCAGGCGUCUCUGGCGGCAGAUUUCUCCAUAACCCAGUUCAAGCACAUCGGCAGACUGCUAAUGGUGCACGGCCGUAACAGCUACAAACGCUCAGCAGCUCUGGGCCAGUUUGUCAUGCACCGUGGCAUGAUCAUCUCCACCAUGCAGGCUGUGUUUUCCUCUAUUUUCUACUUUGCAUCUGUUCCUCUCUACCAAGGUUUCCUCAUGGUGGGCUAUGCCACCAUCUACACCAUGUUCCCUGUCUUUUCACUGGUGUUGGAUCAGGAUGUGAAGCCUGAGAUGGCUCUGCUGUAUCCUGAACUCUAUAAAGACCUCACCAAGGGUCGCUCCCUGUCCUUUAAGACCUUCCUGAUUUGGGUUUUGAUAAGUGUAUAUCAAGGGGGCAUCCUGAUGUACGGGGCCCUGGUGCUGUUCGAUCAGGAGUUUGUGCAUGUGGUGGCGAUCUCCUUCACUGCUCUGAUCCUGACGGAGCUGCUGAUGGUGGCGCUGACGAUCCGCACCUGGCACUGGCUCAUGGUCGUAGCCGAACUUUUCAGUCUUGGCUGCUACCUCGCUUCCCUUGCCUUUCUGAAUGAAUACUUUGGCAUAGGUCGCGUGACCUUAGGAGCUUUCCUGGAUCAUUCGUUUAUCACAACACGGGUGUUCUUGUGGAAGGUGUGCGUCAUCACGCUGGUCAGCUGUUUGCCACUCUACAUCAUCAAAUAUCUGAAGCGGAAAUUCUCCCCACCGAGUUAUUCCAAACUCUCCUCCUAAACUUUCCAUAUGGUCACACGGUGUCAAAACGCAUGCAGACGCAUUUAUAAGCACACGUGACCGCUACAUCAAACACUUUGAAACUCUUCUUUAAAAUGCCGGAUGUUAGUUCACCCAAAAAUGAACAAGCUGACAUCAUUUGCUCACCUUCAUGUUGUUCUAAACCUUUAUGGUUUACAGUUUUUGGGGAACAAAAAAGAAGUUGUUUAGCAGGAUGUUCAUGCUGCUCCUUUCCAUACAAGUUCAAAAGUGCACUGCUUAACAUCUUAAAGGAAAAUCCUAAAUAUUUGAAAUGACAUGAGGGCGAGUAAAUAAUGAGCAAACUUUCAUUUUUGAGUAAAACCAUCCCUUUAAGCAUCAGUUACAGUACAAAUGCCUAAAAGUGCUUUUUGAUGCUGUUUGUGUGCUUCAUGAAUGCUUUUAUAGUGACAUAAUGUGAUUUGUUGGUGUGUAUAUAUAUGGACUUUGCCAUCAGAGUGUUUCUGUGCUCAUCAUGUUUCUGCACUUAAAGAUGGUGAAACAGUUGUAGGAUAAAACAAUGAGUAGUAUUGAAUACUUGAAGAGGCACAAAAAAGCACAAAAAGAGAUCAAGAUAGAAAUAAAAGAGAAACCAAAGGGUUUUUAGCCACCCACACUGAAAAGACGGGCCCAGACCUGUCACUUUUUACUUAACGCAAAUGUUUACGAAGGAAAAAUCAAGAUUGCGUUUUGUUUUGUUUUUUUAUUGAAUGGAUUAUGGAUUUUUAUUGUUUUGUUUUUUUGUUUGUUUGUUCGGUUUUUUAUCGGUGGUAUGUAAUGAUGUUAACAGUUUAAUGAUAGUUUCAGCUAUAACGAACCUUUCAUCAUUAGUAUUAUCACACCUAUUAGCACUUUCCCUUCUGAUUUUGGCACAUUCUCUAUUAUUAACUUUAUUAAUGAGAUCUGGGUGGGCGGGGCUUGAUAAAUACCUGUGAUUGUGAUUGGAGUGUUCUGAUUGCAUGAGUAUAGCUCUGGUUUCAUUGUGCUGUGGCUGCUGCUGCCAUACGAUCCUGCUGCAAAACUGUGUAAAUGUAAACCAGAGCACAGCUUGUGUUCUUACAGCGGGAACUAUUUGUUCUGGGAACAACGGUCCUCUCAACCUGACAUCCGAAAUGACAUUGUAUAAAUUUCGACUGUAUGACAUUUGACAAAUCAAACUCGAUUGAUGCGUACCUUAAUUGACUUUUAUUUCAAAACAGGACAUGAAUGUAGUAUUUUCAUUGAAUUGGUGUUAUAAAUGAAUGACCUUUUUUUAAGACUGUAAAAAUGCAAGUGAAUACUAUUAGGAUGUUCUAGCUGCUUGGAGAUAUGCUGUCAUCUUAAAUCAACUUAUGGGAUGUGUUCAUCAGCAGUUAUGUUUUUAUAGACACUGAUGCCUCACAAUCAGCAAUUUAUUUGGAAGUUUUACUAUUUUUGAGGACAUUCAUAGGAAAUCCUGCACUAGUUUUGACUGCUGACAGUUUGAAGUUGGCUCAUGUGUAAGAUCAUCUUGCCUUAUCUUUAUA